GGAAAUUGGCAUCGCUUCUCUUGCUUCUUGUUAUUUUGAGCGUAAUCUAAAGAGUUUCUACGUUUAGUUCCGUUUUUGUGUUACAAUUUAUUGUCUUUCUGUAUAAAAAUGCAACGGGAUUACGCUGCUGAUAAAGAAACUAUCAAGUCCUUUCUGGCGGAGUUUUACCGUGAGGAAGACGAUGGUAAGAAAAACUUUGUGUACGCGCGGCAGAUAACGAAAAUCGCGCACCGAGAACAGAUUCAACUGACGAUCGAUCUGGACGAUCUCGUCAGCUUCCGGGAUGAGCUGGCCGAAGCGGUGCAGGCGAACGCGCGUCGCUACGUGAAAAUGUUCUCGGAUGCCAUCUUUGAGCUUCUCCCGUCGUAUAAAGAGCGCGACCCGGUGUGCAAGGAUACGCUGGACAUCUUCAUCGAGCAUCGGUUGAUGAUGCAGGGCCGGCUGCACAAUCCCAAUGACGCGCGGGACGCACGUAACGCCAUCCCGAUGGAGCUGGUGAAGCGGUACGAUGUGUACUUCAAGGCACCGAGCGUUUCGAAGGCGGUGUCCAUUCGCGAUGUGAAGGCGGAACACAUCGGCAAGCUGGUGACGGUGCGUGGCAUCGUGACGCGCUGCACCGAAGUGAAACCGAUGAUGACCGUGGCGACCUACACGUGCGAUCGCUGUGGCUCGGAGACGUACCAGCCCGUGGCUGCGAUGAGCUUCAAGCCAACGGUUGACUGCCCAUCGGAGGACUGUCGGGUUAAUAGGGCUGGCGGUCGGCUGUACCUGCAGACGCGCGGCUCCAAGUUCGUCAAGUUCCAGGAGGUUAAAAUCCAGGAGCACAGCGAUCAGGUCCCGGUGGGACACAUUCCGCGUACGCUGACGAUCAUGUGUCGCGGUGAAACGACCCGUCAAGCCCAACCGGGCGAUCAUGUGGUAAUUACGGGUGUUUUUCUACCAAUCCAAAAGACGGGCUUCCGAGCCGUCGUUUCUGGGUUGUUGAGUGAGACGUUUGUCGACGCACAUCGUAUCAUUUGCCUGAACAAAUCGGACGAUGGCGAGCUAAGCAACGAAUUGACGCAAGAAGAGCUAGAUGAGUUGGCGAAGGACGAUUUCUAUACGCGCAUUGCGAGCAGCCUUGCGCCGGAAAUUUAUGGUCACUUGGAUGUGAAGAAAGCGUUGCUUCUUUUGCUUGUUGGCGGUGUCGACAAGAGCCCGGAUGGUAUGAAGAUUCGUGGCAAUAUUAACAUCUGCCUCAUGGGUGAUCCGGGUGUAGCUAAAUCGCAGCUACUCGGGUACAUCGAUCGCCUUGCCGUACGCAGCCAGUACACCACUGGACGUGGUUCUUCCGGCGUCGGACUUACGGCGGCUGUCAUGAAGGAUCCGCUUACCGGGGAAAUGGUCCUCGAAGGUGGUGCCCUCGUACUAGCCGAUCAGGGUGUCUGCUGCAUCGAUGAGUUUGAUAAGAUGGCCGAUGCCGAUCGUGUUUCGAUCCAUGAAGUAAUGGAGCAGCAGACCAUUUCCAUUGCUAAGGCCGGCAUCAUGACGUGCCUGAAUGCACGCGUCUCGAUCCUUGCCGCCGCCAAUCCGGCCUACGGUCGGUACAACCCACGGCGCACGAUCGAACAGAACAUUCAGCUACCGGCGGCACUGCUGUCGCGUUUCGAUCUGCUCUGGCUCAUCCAGGACAAACCGGACCGUGACAACGAUCUGCGACUGGCUCAACACAUUACGUACGUGCACAGUCACGGCAAGCAGCCAGCAACACGCAUCAAAACGCUCGACAUGACGCUCAUCCGUCGGUACAUUGCGCUCUGCAAGCGCAAAAUGCCCGUCAUCACACCGGAACUGUCGGACUACAUCGUGAAUGCGUACGUUGAGUUGCGCCGAGAGGCACGGAACAGUCGCGAUAUGACGUUCACGUCGGCGCGUAAUCUGCUCGGAAUCUUGCGCCUUUCGACUGCGCUGGCCCGGCUUCGGUUGGCCGACACGGUGCACAAGGAUGACGUCCAAGAGGCACUUCGUUUGCUUGAAAUGUCAAAGGAUUCGUUGAACCAGACGGAGCAACGCGUAACACACGUACAAAACACAUCUGACAAAAUCUUUGCCCUCGUCCGGGAGCUGGCUGGUGAAAAUAAGACGGUCAAGAUGGCCGACAUUAUGGAACGGUGCACCACCAAGGGCUACAAGCCGGACGAAGUGGACUCGUGCAUCGAAGAGUACGAGGAGCUGAACGUGUGGCAGGUCAACCAAACGCGGACGAAAAUAACCUUCAUCUAAACUCGGCACCUUUUUUCAUUUUACAUUCAUUUCCAUUUCUUACUUCACUCGACUGUUGUUUUUAAAUCUCUAAAAGUAAUUCAGGUAUUGUUCAGUGGAACGGUAGUAUCGACAGUCGCCUGGAGGGUAGCUUGUAGAUCAUGUUUUAUUAAAGUAAUGUGUGUGAAUUAAGAGUUUAGUACCAAUUUAGGUGACUAAGAACGUUCAAACAAGUAUAUUUCAUUCUUUAUUAGUUGUGAGUUGUUAAUGGUAAAAUAAAUAAGAGAUCAUGACAAACAA